UUUGUUUUUCCUCCCCACAGUGGCGGCUAGGGUUGCUGCCGCCGGCGCCGCAUCCGGCUCCCACUCCAUCAUCAGCUCGUAUUCCCCUCUCAUCUCUUUUUGUGCACGCGAAGAUGCAGUGGAGGUGGUUCUCAUUUGAGGAGGGGGUUGAGGAGAGGAAAACAUCCACCGUGUCUCCAUCCUCCGUGUCCACGGCUGUCGCGUGAGGUCUAGCGAGGUGAAGCGGGUGUCUGUGGGAGAACUAAGACGUAGUGCCCCUGCAAGCAACAUCUCCCUCGCUCCUGAGCCGCAGCACAGCGCCGUCCCAUCCAGAUGACGGAUUGACCAUGAGAGUGGUGCUGCAUGGUCGCCCUCGCCUCUUCUCCGUCGCCCAAUGCCGCCAAAUCCCCCUCCCCUUAUCACCAUCAGCAGCACAUGCAGGAUCUGGGAGCUACAUGGACUUGGAGCAGCAAGUCAUGCCGAUGAGGGAAUCAGAGUAUUCCAUUUGGAGAAUGGAGUCAAGGCCUGUAUGCAAGAUGAUGGUGGAUAAGAACAAGGGGAAGAGGGCCCUGGCUUGCUUUCUCUAUGAUACAUUGCUUUUAAUUACAGUAUCCAACCCAAUAAGCGUCGUGUAAUGGGCGCCUCCUCACGGUCAUCAGCGCCUCCUCCUCCGCGGGAGGCCAUCGGCAAGAGGAAGGAUUGCAUAUGCCACCUCUGCUCGUGCUUUGCUCAGGUGUGAGGCCGCUCUCUUUUCCUCUCUGUCCCUACUGCGACGGUGACUGGGUCGUCAGGCUCGAGCAGUCUUUCAACAUAUUCCUCAUGGAUGCGGUCGUUCUGAUACUCGGUGUGUUGUACCAUGAUCAUGACUACGCCAGGUUCUUCAUGCUCGAGACCAUCGCCAGAGUGCCGUAUUUCGCAAUCCAAGCCAGCGUUUCCCAGCAGGUUUGGUGCUUUUCAAGCUGUCAACAAUUAUUGUGGUUGACCAUGGGAAGGAAGCUUUUACCACUUGUGGAGAUUUCGGACCGAGUGAAGAAGCCGGUUCUGAUGUGCCAAAAAGGAGAGCAAGGGCACGGCAGUGCCUCCUUCCUAUCUUCGUGCAGGGAGGGGUGGCGAUCUGUCUAUGAACUUUUAGAGGGAUUCAAAGGUUUGUCUCCCACGAUUUCGUUUACUGUGAGAUGCUAUCGACACACACGGGCACACAUGCCUAAGAUGGUCUAAGGACAGGAUGGUGAGUAGAUGACCAUGGACCAUGGUGGGGAGGCGUGGUGUUGAGCCACUGAUGGAGGCACUACACUGUCAGGAUGUGUCUUUCGUGAUGCCAAUGAGGCAUGGCAGCAUUUGUUCUACCGGAAGGUGCUACAAUUAGGCGGUCUCUUAGUCCUUCAUCUCUAUUUUGUGUUGCUGCUUCUACUUUUGUUGUCUAAUGCAUAUAGUUGGAGGAUUUCGAUCAAAUGUCCCUAUUAGUGAAUACUGUGUUCUUAUGUAUUUCCAAGAAACUUUUUUGUUUUGACAACAAUUGGUGAGUUAGAACUAAAAGGGACCAUAUCAGAUAAUCAUUUGUAACUCUGUUAUGCAAGCCAAUUUAAAAAGUUUGUCGUAUUA